UCAUCAAGGGGAAGGAAAUCUAAAAAGACAAGGAAACAACACUUGGAGCUUUUCUAGUAGUUCUAAUUACUUAUCCCUUAAUCUUUUCAUAAUUAGGCAACCUCUCUGUCUCUAACAACUGCUGCCAAAUCUCUUUUAAAUAUAUGUUAAAUCACUCAAAUUAACUUAUACUAGUUUUUACUUGCUCACUGCAAUUAUUAGCUGGAGAGAAAGUGAGAGUGUACAUUUUAUAUAGCAUAGGAACUAGGACUCUGGUUUCUACACUCGAGUUUCUCUUGAAAUGAUGAUUAUGAAAACACUUCCUUCUAAAGCAUUGAUCAUCAAAAUCAACUUAGUUUUCUUGGCUUGCUUCUUAGUUGCUUAUGGUGCUCUUCUUCUCCGGCCAUCAACUUCUGUUUAUCAUGAAUAUGCAGCAUCCCUUGUAUGCUCAUUGCGCGAAUGCCAUCAUAAGGGGGAAGGUGGAAUAAAGAUGAAAGCAGUAUUAGAAGAAAGGUUGGUGGUGAAUAUUGAGGCAAAGGCAGAGAAGAAGAUGGUGAAGCGCGAAAAGCCAAGUUUUUUAAAUGAAAUGGGGAGAGGAAUGAAAAUAGGAAUGGUGAAUAUGGAAGGGGAAGAUAUUAGUGAAUGGAAAGUCCACGGACAGAUAAUAAAAGUAAAAUUCGAGAAAGUUUCAAAAUUGUUAGAAUGGAAAGAGUUAUUUCCAGAGUGGAUAGAUGAAGAAGAAGAAAUGGAUGGAACAGAAUGUCCAGAAAUACCAAUGCCAGAUUUUAAUAGCUAUAGUUAUAUGGACAUGAUAGUAGUGAAAUUGCCAUGCAAAUAUCCAGAAGAAGGGUGGGGAAGAGAUGUUUAUAGGCUACAAGUUAAUCUUGUGGCAGCAAAUUUGGCUGUGAAAAGAGGAAAAAGAGGUUGGAAUAAUGGGAAUAAGAUGAAAGUUGUGUUCUUGAGUAAGUGUAGACCUAUGGUGGAAAUGUUUAGAUGUGAUGAGUUAAAGAAAAGGGAAGGAAAUUGGUGGUAUUAUGAGCCAGAUAUGGAUAAAUUGACGCAAAAAGUUUCAUUGCCAGUUGGUUCUUGUACUUUGGCUUUGCCUCUCUGGGGAAAAGAAAUCAACGAGGUCUAUGAUAUUUCCAACAUUGAAAGCAGUACAAAAAUAUCAAGAAGAGAAGCCUACGCCACAGUUCUCCAUUCCUCAGAAACAUACGUUUGUGGUGCAAUUACCUUAGCUCAGAGUCUUCUCCGAACCGGAACCAAACGUGACCUUAUCCUUCUUCUGGACCGGAGUAUCUCCAACCCCAAACGAGCCGCCCUCAUUAAAGCCGGUUGGAAACUCCGGUUCAUCAAGAGGAUAAGAAACCCUAAAGCUGAGAAAAACACAUACAAUGAAUACAAUUAUAGCAAAUUCAGGUUAUGGCAACUAACUGACUAUGAAAAGAUCAUCUUCAUUGAUGCUGACAUCAUCGUUCAACGUAACAUCGACCUUCUUUUCCAUUUUCCUCAAAUGACAGCUACAGGUAAUGAUGCGUCAAUCUUCAAUUCAGGAAUAAUGGUGAUCGAGCCAUCAAAUUGCACGUUCAACAUGUUCAUGCAACGUACAAAGGAGAUUAUAUCGUAUAACGGAGGUGACCAAGGUUUCCUUAAUGAAGUGUUCGUAUGGUGGCAUAGGUUGCCUCGAAGGGUUAAUUUUUUGAAGAAUUUUUGGUCAAAUAAUUCUAACGAGGUCAGUGUUAAGAACCAAUUAUUCGGGGCAGAUCCUCCAAAAGUGUACGCCAUACAUUAUCUAGGGUUAAAGCCAUGGGUAUGUUAUAGGGACUACGAUUGUAACUGGGACAUAGGAGAUCAACGUGUUUAUGCUAGUGAUGUCGCGCAUCGAACAUGGUGGAAACUCCAUGACUCCAUGGAUAAGAGUUUACAGAAAUGUUGUAUGUUGACAAAGCAAAGGAAAAUUGAGUUAGAAUGGGAUAGGAAGUUGGCUGGAAAAAUGGGAUUUAAAGAUGAACAUUGGAGGAUUAAUGUUACGGAUCCUAGAAAAUUCACUUGAUUUUUCUGCUCGUUUUUCCAAUUUAAUUUUCCUGUUCAUUUUCUUUUUCCCUUUAAAACUUUGUCAGUUGUACUACUGCAGUAGUAACUUUUGCACAGAGAACUUAUGAACAUGGCCUUCACACUA